AUGUCCUCCCUUCCCGUCUCCUUAGACUCCAUCACCAACACUCUGAACACCUACUCGGAUCAGAUCGACUCUUUCGUUGGUCAAUCAUCAACCGUAUCAACCAAGGCCCUUGUCGUCACAGGCGGUGCCCUUGCUUCGUACCAGCUAUGGAAGCUCACCUCCUACCUCUACCGACACUUCUUCGCCUACAGCGGCCUUCCCGGCCCCAAGCGCUCACAUUGGUUCUUUGGGAACAUCAGGGAGAUGAUGGGCGAGAACACCCAUGAGGUUCAGAAGCAAUGGGUAGAGCAAUACGGAUCCACCUUCGUAGUUCAUAACAUUCUUGGAGGAAAACGCCUCUUCACGACGGACACACGCGCUCUGAGCCAUAUACUCCUCAAUACCUACGACUACCCAAGAUCGGACGAGGCUCGUUUUCGUUUGGCGCGUAUCAUGGGUCACGGUCUACUCUUUGCUGAGGGUGAUCAGCAUAAGCUACAGCGGAAGGUCAUGAACCCCGCGUUUGGCCCCAUUCAGCUUCGAGAACUGACACAAAUCUUCGUGGAGAAAUCUAACCUCCUGCGCGACGCCUGGCUUUCUGAAAUCGCCAAAACAUCCUCGAAUCGCGUCGACGUACUUGACUGGCUUAGCAAGAUGACUCUUGAUGUGAUCGGCCUGGCAGGCUUCAACUAUAACUUCAAUGCUCUCAAUCCAGAUGCAGAGCCAAACGAGCUCAACGAGGCCUUUGGUUCUCUUUUCCGUGCUGGUGGAAGCCCCGUGGCGAUGUUCCUCGCUAUGUGGCUCCCAUUCUUGGAUUGGCUGCCUAGAGAGCGAGGCCGCCAGGUCGCAACUGCUAAAGGUACGAUGGCUCGGAUAGGGCGAGAGCUACUGGCAGAGAGUAAAGCGGCUGCACUGGAAGAGCAGAAAUCGGGCAAAAAGUCCCGCGCAAGGGACCUCUUGACUUUGCUCGUGAAGGCCAAUAUGGCAGAGGGUGCCAAUAACAUGUCUGACGAAGACGUUUUGGCUCAAAUCCCAACUUUCCUCGUCGCUGGCCACGAGACGACGAGCACGGCCACCUCGUGGGCGCUCAUGUCUAUUGCAGAGAACCCGGACAUCCAAGCGCGCCUCCGGGAGGAGAUCGCUUCGCUCGGCACGGACACGCCGACGAUGGACGAGCUCUCGGAGGGCUCGCUGCCGUACCUCGACGCGGUCGUGCGCGAGAGCCUGCGGCUGCACUCGCCCGUGCCGUUCGCGGCGCGCAAGGCGGCGCGGGACGACGUGAUCCCACUGGGGACGCCGUACACGGAUGGGCGAGGGCGGGUGCACACGGAGCUGCGCGUCGAGGCUGAGAACACGAUGAUCGUGCCCAUAUAUGCCAUGAACACGGCGGAGGAGAUCUGGGGGUCCGAUGCGACGGUGUUUAACCCCGAGCGGUGGAUGCAGGGCGGGGGGCCCGAGAAGGCGCAUGGGCUGCCUGGGGUGUGGGGGCAUCAGAUGACGUUUUUGGGAGGGCAGCAUGCGUGCAUUGGAUAUAAGUUUUCGUUGUUUGAGAUGAAGGCGUUGCUGUUCUCGCUCGUGAAGGCGUUCGAGUUUGAGCUGGCGGUUCCGGUGUCGGAUAUUGGGGUGCGGCAGACUGUUGUGAGACGGCCGAUUGUGAAGUCGCAGAAGGAGAAGGGGGCGCAGAUGCCGCUCUUGAUCAAGCCAAUUCCGGCGUAG